GGAGAUUUCGUUGCCACGUCGCCUAUAGUGAAAACAGUGGUCUAUGUACUGUGCGUACUAACUUCAAAAAUAUCUUACGGCGAGCCAACAGUGAGCUACAAGUUUCUGUAGCCUGCUGCCAGCGCGUUGUUACACGACUCUUGCUGGUUAUCAUUAUUCCCCACAUAUCAUUCACGCCAGCGCAUACCCUUCAGUCCUGUCGUUACCGGCCGCCUAAUCGUCAACCUUCGUCAUGCCUGCAGUCUGGCAGAGACAUCCUCGAUAUUUCCUCAUCGUGGCUUUGGUUCUGACAACAACUUUCUUCCUACUAAGUCCGUACGAAUCUCCGCUCUCCACCAACUCGUAUGCUGCCUAUAUCCGUGACAGUACCCUUCCAGCACGACUUGAACGAGCAGAAAGGGUCUAUCAGAAAGUAAUAGCUGGUCGCAAGAACCUAAUACAUAGAUAUGGCACAAGCUCUCGCGAUAUUGUCAUGUUUCCACCAGACAAGGAUCCAUGGCCAGCAUACACUGCCUGGAGCUUCUUUCCUCCGUCUUUCGACUGUCCGCACGAACUAGAGCGCAUAGGUGCACUAGGGGAUGGCGGAAAGUGGGCAUGCGGCAUAUCCCGACUGGAGCACAAACCCGACUGUAUCAUAUACACUUUCGGUAUGAACUAUGAAACGACAUUCGAAGCAGAGCUCCUUGAACGGACGCGGCACUGUCAAGUCUGGGGAUACGACUAUCGCUCCAACUCGUUUGGAUCCCACAUCAAGCCCAACUACCGUACACACUUCUUUUCAUGGGGCCUCGCCAACUUUGAUGCUCAUGAGUCGCACAAUAAUCCUAAGCUAUAUACUCUCAAGACACUGCUUGAGAUUAACAAGCAUGAUCAUAUUGAUUUACUCAAAAUCGACAUAGAAGGUUGGGAGUUUGAGACACUCUCGCAGAUCAUCCAGCCGUACAUCUCGUCUGGGGAACCACUACCAUUUGGACAGCUUAUAGUCGAGAUUCAUGCCUGGGACAAGAAAUUUGAGGAUUUCUUGCCUUGGUGGGAGAUGCUAGAGCAAGCUGGGUUGAGACCAUUUAUGAACGAGAUAAACCUCGUAUACCAGAACUACAACCGAGGAAAGGACACGGAUCUCGCGGAGUACUCCUUCAUCAACGUCAAAGGAAACAAUAUCUUCAUUUCGGACCCACCUCCUGGGUAUUCGGAUGUUACAUAAGCACUGUGCUGAUUGCACCUUGCGGUGUACACACGGCAGAAACCCUGUGGUGGCGCGGAUAUGGUGACAUAGUGGACAGUUAUUGGUCAACUUUGUGUGAAUACACACUAUGGAUAUACGCAUAUAUUAAUGAUCGAGUACAUGUUGCAGGUUGUGCAAGACUGCUCCGCUUUAGCUGCAUUUCGUUACAUCGAAAGGUACUGACCGCAGUGUGAGCGGAUUUCAUGUGA